GCUGUGGCCAAGAAAUUGGGUUUCCAAGAUCACUGUGCUAUUGUUGAACCAAUGGGAUUGAGGGGAGGGCUGUUACUGUUAUGGGAGAAAGGUUUAGAGGUGAUUAAUGUGGUGAGCAGGGAGUUUUGUUUUCAGGUGGAGUUUAUUGAUGAAGAAGGGCAGAGAUGUUGGGGGGUUUUUGUAUAUAUGAAUGUAAAUAAGGAAAUCAGGGAGAAUCAAUGGAAAGUGCUUCAGAUGGACAAAUUGAAAUGGGGCAGUAGAUGGUUCAUUAUGGGAGAUUGGAAUGCUAUUUGCAAACCAGAGGAGAAGAGAGGAGGCAUUGAGAGGAGUUUGGGUAGCUGUGAGAGUUUCAAUGAAUUUAUAUAUGAUAUGGGUAUGGAGGAGGUGAGGAUGGAGGGGUACCAAUUCACCUGGACCAACAAUAGGAGAGCAGAAGAGUGGGUGGAGGCCAAACUUGACAGGGUAUUUGGAUCUUUUGACUGGUUGAUGGCUAAUCCCAGGGUUUUCUCUUGGACAGAGGAAAAAAGUGCAUCUGAUCAUAUGCUGCUCAUAGUGGAUACAGUUGGUAAAGCCAUUAAGAGGGGCAAGAGAUUCCAGUUUGAUAAACGGUGGCUCAAAAGGGAAGGAAUUAAAGAAAUGGUGGAGAAAGUGUGGAAAGAAAAUUUUUCAGGAACACCUAUGUUCAUAGUUAAAGAGAAAGUAAAAAGUACCAGGGUGUCCCUUCUGAAGUGGAGUUCUAAGUUCAAAACCCAAAACCAACAGAAAAUAUCAGAGCUGAACAAGGAACUAGAAGAGAUAAAGCUGAAGCAGGGCUGGGAUCAGUGGGAGGCAAAAGAGAGGUUGAGAAAGGAAUUAAACGAUGCACAUGAGCAGGAGGAAGUAUUCUGGCAACAAAAAUCGAGGAAUAUGUGGUUAAGGGAGGGAGACAGGAAUACAAGAUUUUUCCACGCAAUCACUGCGCAGCGCAGAAGGGUCAAUGCGAUUACCAGGCUAGUGGAUUCUAAUAAUCGGGUGUUGCAGUCACCAAAGGAGAUUUUGAACCAUGUGGCGGAGUUCUAUAACAACCUGUUUUCUUCCGAAGGAGUCACAGGGGCAGAUAGCAUAACUCAACUCAUCACCAGGGUGAAUCUAGACAAAUCGGCCAUUUUCUUUAGCCGAAACACUCCGGAGCAUUUGCAGCUGCAGAUUUGUGCAAUUUUCCAGGGCAUUACCAAACAUUCAUCAACCAGGUAUUUGGGGCUCCCGUUAGGAAUUGGAAAAUCAAAGGUUGACACUUUUAAAUUUGUUCUAGAUAAAGUGAAAGCGAGGAUGUCAGGAUGGAAGAAUAAAUGGCUGUCUGUGGCCGGAAAGGAA